AGUCCUGAGGAGAACUAGAUUAAUAGUAUUUUCUCUUCCGUUAGAAGCUCUCUUCUUCAGUAGUUAGUUUGAGUAGAAAUGCCCAUUUUCCAUUAUUUUGGUUUAAACUUGAAAGUAUUGAUAACUUGAUGAGUGUGGUUGGAUUGGGUGGCUGAGUUUGGCAAAGUGAGUGUGACAGAAGUUAGUGGAUGAGUGAGUGAAGAAGAAGAAGAAGAAGAAGAAGAAGAAGAAUAGCCGUUGAUUGAUUGGUUGAUUCAAUUCAUUGGACUGUGAUGAAGAAACUCAGAUGGGUAAUGGAUGGAGGAGGGUUUUGGGAUUUGGACAUUUCAACUCCUCAAACCCUUGAUGGCUUGGCCCGUGCCGUCCCAGGGGACCCUCUUCCCUUGGGUCUCUCACGAGGCACAAGGCUUUCCAGACCCAGACAACUCGAGUUCAUGCACCGUUUCAUGAAUGCCCCUCUCAUUCCCUCCUACUCCAAACCUCAUGGCCUCUCCCUCCACCGUCUUAUCUCCCUCCCCUUUUCUGAUGAUUGGGUUUUAUUUUUACUGGGUCAGUUCAAUUUGCAGAGGUUUGUUUCCUCUGUUAAGAGCAGUGAGGAGAAGCCAAAGGGGGUUUCCUCUUGGUUAAAAACCUUUGGGAGACAUUUGCAGCAGAAGUCCUUGUAUGCCUUGGGUUUCUCUUCAGAGUUUCAGUUGGGGGAAAAUGAUACAUUGUUUUUUGGCUUAGAUGCUUAUGAUGAUGCCGAAAAGCCUCGUGGGAAAUUCGUCUUGCACCAUAAGUUUCCAGAUCAUGAUCUAACAGUGGAGGCAGUUUCUCCUGGUCUUUUUGUUGAUAAUAACACCGGUAAUUACUGGGAUGUUCCAUUUUCAACUGCAGUUGAUCUUGCUUCUGUGACAACCAGUGACUCUUCCACCGCUUAUCAUUUGUCGGCACACUACACUUCUGGGUCACCCAAGCAGUUUCAAAAUACUCAUAACCAUAAUAAUAGAGUACCACCUUCUCUACUUCCUGGCUUGGCCUUCAAAAGUGCCGUUUCUUACAGGAAAAAAGUUGAUAUUUGGAGAAGUGAAGCUCCGAAGUUGAAAUUGGUGCAACCGUAUGACGUGUUUCUUUCAAAUCCUCACGUGUCUGCCUCAGGGAUUAUUGGUGCUGCUUCAACUGCCGCAUUUGGGGAUAAUUCAGCAAGAGCACAAAUAGAAGAUGGUAGUCCAGGAUAUAUUCUCCAGGUUUCUGGAGUAAAGUCUUCCUUUGUAGCAGAUAUGUUUGCAUCCGUUUCAUUCACGGCUCAACAUGGAAACUUCCAGAGGCCUUUUCUAGAUCUUACCCGAUUUCAGGCCCGGCUGGAUUUCCCUUCUGGUUUCAAAUUUCUUUCAGCUGCAACUGGUCUAACUCAAGAUCUUCUCAAUUCUCAAAAGCCCAGCUUGGAAGCUGUUCAGGCGAUUUUACCCAAUGCUACAUUAUCACUUCAGCAGCAGAUUGUUGGUCCUGUCAGUUUUAGAGUUGAUUCUGGAAUUAAAGUUGAUCUGAAGAACCCUGAUUGGCCUAUUCAUGCACAGGAACCUGUAUUUGCUUUGGAAUAUGCAUUGCAAGUGCUUGGUUCAGCAAAAGCAGUUGCAUGGUAUUGCCCCAAACGCCAAGAGUUUAUGGCAGAACUUUGUUUCUUUGAAACAUAAACAACAGCUCAAUAGGCCUAUAGAAAUAUCUAUUCCUUAGAUUGCGAAAGCUAGUUUUCAUUCUAAUAUAUAGCUAGCAAUAGGUUUGUGUUUUACUACCUCUAUUGGAAUUGUAGUUAUGGAAGAAGAGAACUAUCAAAUUUCAUUGAAUUCCGGGAUUAUCAAUGCAAACGUUUUGCACCACAAAUUCUUUGCAAAUCUUGUGAAA